UUUCGUUUCACUCAUCUUACUUUUUUAACUGAGUGAAAAGGGUGGUCAAUAUUUUAAUUGAAAGGUGUAGCUAAUUGUCUAAUUACUCGGUCUGAUUUUAGAAUCAAAGGGUUUGCAGAGUAUACGCCCAAUAUCAGUAUUAGUAGGUCUAAUGUGUUGCGAAAUGAUCUCGACAGCUGAAUGUUUUGUUCCGUUUCGCUCAUAUCGCUUUCUCACAGAGGGACAGUAGUUCAACUAUUCUCUGAAAAUGUUUGCCUCCGCGUUUAUUCUCUCAUUACUGAUAGCACUGCAGCUUUCUUCUUCUUUGGCUGCCCAAACGACAGAACCUUCCGCUGGUACCUCCAGAGCAGUUCCCCUCAAAGGAAGAGAUUCUCCAUUCAGAUGUUCACCAUGUCUGACCACUCCCACAUCUACCUUCACUGCCUGAGCAGAAUAUGCAGCCAAGAUGAGAACUGCACAACGAACUGCUCUCCCAGGCAAAACCAGAAGGUGAGAAGAGAUCUACCGGACAAACUCACAGCUAUUCUUUCAGCAGGACCCAUCUCUGCAGCAAAGAGGAAACUGACAAACUGGCCUGGAGCCCAGAUCAUGCUAUCAGUGGCCGGAGGAUUGAUUGGCCUCUUUUUUCUGACAGCACUGGGUGUGCGUGCAGCACAAGCUAUAACACAGCGCAACCCCAGACAUCAAUAAAAUGUGUAUACCUGCA